AUGUCAGGAAGUAGCAGCAUUCGGAAAACUCUAAAUAACGCAUCCGGGUCCGUAUCAGGACAUAGGGAUCAAAAUGCCUACCCUCCAUCCUACACUAGUUUCACACAACAGCAACAACUAUUUGCCCAGCUAAAAGCGACUCAUCCACACGAACUACAACCCACCUCGCACCAACAAUCAUCUAACGGACAAUCACGAACGAAAUUCUCUCUUGGCGAUUUCACCAUCUGUCGUACUCUGGGCACGGGUUCAUUCGGUAGGGUACAUCUCGUGCAGUCUAAACGCAAUACAAAGUACUAUGCUAUGAAAGUACUGAAGAAAACCGAGGUCGUUCGUUUGAAGCAAGUAGAGCACACAAACAACGAAAAGCAUAUAUUGGAGCAGGUUAACCAUCCGUUUCUAGUCAACUUGUGGGGAACUUUUCAGGAUACUGCCAACUUGUACAUGGUUAUGGAUUAUGUUGCUGGUGGUGAACUAUUCAGCGUGCUCCGAAAGUCACAGCGCUUUCCAGACUAUGUAGCAAAGUUCUAUGCUGCAGAAGUUCUCCUGGCUUUUGAAUAUUUGCAUUCCAAAGACAUAAUUUACCGCGACCUAAAGCCUGAAAAUCUCCUACUCGAUCGCGAUGGGCACAUAAAAAUAACCGACUUUGGAUUUGCAAAGUACGUUCCUGACAUAACCUGGACUUUGUGUGGAACGCCUGAUUAUCUCGCACCAGAAAUAAUCCAAUCAAAAGGAUACGGCAAGGCAGUGGAUUGGUAUUCUUUAGGCGUGUUAAUCUUUGAAAUGCUUGCUGGAUAUCCUCCUUUCUAUGAUGAAGAUCACAUGCGGCUUUACGAGAAGAUUCUUGCUGGAAGAAUAAAAUAUCCGAGCUCGUUCGAGUCGAACGCAAAAGAUUUAUUAAAAAGACUAUUGACGGCAGACUUGUCCAAGCGAUAUGGCAACCUGAAAGGUGGAAGUGAAGAUAUAAAGCGUCAUAAAUGGUUUCACGGAACUGAUUGGGAUAAACUAUUACGAAGAGAAGGGAGAGCACCGUAUAUCCCACAAAUCAAUGGUGAUGGUGACGCUAGCAAUUUUGACGUUUAUCCAGAAGAGCGGGAACCUUAUGGGGCGCCAUGCGCCGACCCAUACCGAGAAAAGUUUAUGUCAUUCUAA